UGCAGAACCUGCUUCAGAGCUGACCUGACUUUAUAAAAGCAAUGGAGGAAACUGUAAAACAUCUAACCCCAAGAUCAUCGAGUAAACCAGAAGGUCCAUGGAGUUCAGAGAGAUUUCCCCGAGCUGCUGUUCUCGGUCUGAAGCUGCUGAAUGUUUUCGUGCUGGCUGUUGUCAUCGGACUCACGGUCUACUGCCAUUACUUAAUAGCUGGUUUAGCUGAUCUCUCCAGUGUCAAAGCAAACCUGACUGAGCGUCUCCAGGCCUGCGAUCAGCAGCUGUCCUCCGUGUCUGAAGAGAGAGACCGACUGAAGGCCAGCCUCACUGAAAAGACCAAAGAGGUGGACAGGCUUCAGAGAUUGUCCAAUCAGAAGAAAACAUGUCCUGCUGGAUGGAUGAUUUUGAAUUCUUCCUGUUACCUCCUCUCCAAAGUGGUAGGCCCCUGGGAGAACGGCAAACAGGACUGCAGAGAGAGAGGAGCAGACCUGGUGGUCAUAGACAGUGCUGCAGAACAGAUAUUUAUGGCUGGGUUUACCAAGACAUAUGUAUGGAUUGGUCUGAGUGACAGAGAAGAGGAGGGGACCUGGAAAUGGGUGGAUGGAUCUCCACUGAAUGUGACGAACUGGGAUAACAAUCAGCCUGAUAAUGGAGCAGGAUAUUAUGGUGAAGAGGACUGUGCACAUAUCAGUUCUUAUACCAAUAGUUGGAACGACCUGUCCUGUAAUACCUCUCUGCCUUGGAUUUGUGAGAAAGAAGCGAUGAAGAACCUUUGAGAUUAUAAAUGCAAUAAUGCUUUUACAACAUAUAUAUUAAGCUCUAUAAGACUAUUCAAAAUGACUGAUUUCAUAACUAAAAAUGACGUUGCUUGACUUCAUAGAUCAUUCACCUUUAAUGUUUUUGAGUUUAUAUAACAGACCUUUGUUUAUUACCAAAACCAGAAAUAGUUAUUUCAAUUGUGCAUUUUUGCAAACUUUUGAGUGCCUCAGUAAGAUCAGUAUUUUAUGAAUCCUCUCAAAUAUCAACACCAGUUAUAAUUAACUUAGGAUGGGUCGAAUGCAGAGACCUCUAAAUUUCCCCUCUGUGGGACUAAUGAAAGUAUUCUCAUAAGUGUGUAAAUUUGAUAUAACUAGAUCAGGAAAUGGCAAGUUUUUUUGAGCCUGCAUACAAAGAUAAUCCCCUAAAACAAAUAGCGUGCGUGUAUUAGAGGUUCUCUGACAAGAUAAACUCUUGCACUUCACCACAAAAAACAACUUUACCACUUCUCAUUUUUUUCUCACGGGGAACAACGCCUCCCUGAAAGCAGUUUUUGAAAUGAUGUGAACUUUGUAUGUGUACGAUCAGCAGCAGAGUAGUUCAGAGAAAAGAAAUUAGAAAAGCUGAAUUGGGUCAGGUGAUGAGCUUUAUCAAGUGUCACGUGUUGCUGUUUAGUUGUUAUGUGUGUUUAUGUAAUAAUGAACAGAAACACAUAUUUCAAAAGGUUCACAGUUAUUAGAAUCGGAGGAUGAAACCCUCUUUAUUUGUCACAUGCAUGCACACAGCAGAGCACACACAGUGAAAUUAGUCCUCUGCAUUUAACCCAUCCUAGUACUAGGAGCAGUGGGCAGCUAUCGUGCAGCGCCCGGGGAGCAAUGGGGAGGGGGGAUUGGAGGUGUCCGGUGCCUUGCUCAAGGGCACCACAGCAGGGCCUAGGAGGUGAACUGGGACCUCUCCAAGUAGCAGUCCACUUUCCAUAUUUCAAGUCUGUUCGGGGACUUGAACCGGCGACCCUACGAUUCCCAGUCCAAGCCCCUACUGACUGAGCCACUGCUGGACUAAGUUAAUAUGUGUUAAUAUGUUAAUAUGUGUUCUUGUGUUUAUCAGUAUUUCAAAGUAAGAUCUCUGCUUUCACAACAAUGUCAGCUGAUACUCUUCUUUAACCAGUAGAACGGAGCUUUUCACAGGAUAAGUACAUUUUGAACAUUAUUAUUCUUUAUGGCUUUGUAAGUCUAUAUGUCUCUAAAACAGUGGAUUAUCACACUUGUUUUGGUCUUACAUCUUUAUGGUCAAUGUGCUUUGGUAAUACUAUGUUUUUGAUAUAGUCAUGUCAAUAAAGUCUAUUUGAAUUUG